CUCGUCUCGGUCCGCUCCAACUGCAGCCACCUGAAGUCGGCCUUGUUGUGCGCCCACAACUUUCUUCGUUCGUCUUCGUCAAAUGAGUCCCCAGUUCCAAGGACCAACGUGUGCUUACAAGAGCGGCAAAUGCGGCAAUCCUCGCGCCAUCAAGGUGAACGGCGACCCGCACUCACUAUGCUCGUACCACCGCGACAGACAAAACGCCCACCAACGCAAGAGCGACCGAAAAACUCGCCACGCUAAGAAGCACAUGGAAGCAAGGGAACCGCACGUCGACACUAGGCCAGCGCUGGAAUUCCCACCCGACUCGUUCUUGUACAAAAGCGAAGACGGGUUGCGCCAUCCCCUCGUCACCUUGGAUAACACACACACGCUCGAUCAAGAACGCUUGCCAUCGCAACACAGCUACCGACUACCCCCGAUUCGAUUUGUGCUGCAAGCCCACUUUGUGCCUGCAAUGGUGCCCCGCCACCAAAUCCCAGCCGUCCAUCUUCACGCAGAAGUUUGACGAAUCGUCCAUCGUGACAUGGAGUCUCACGUGUCGGUUGCAUGUUUGAAUAACAUUGCGUGGAUCUCUCGAUA